GCAAUCAAACAAGCAAUCAAGCAAAUUUAGUUUGUUUGUUUGUUUGUUUGCUCAUUCUUCCAUUCUCAACGGAACCAUUCACUGCAUCCUCCUCAGAUGCAGCAGCAGCAGCAGCAGCAGGACUACUUUACUUCACGUCUAAUCGAACUGUGGGUUUUGCAUUCUGCAACGAACCUCUGCAGGAGCGUUGAAUGAGCGGGGCGGCUCUGUCGGUUACCGCCUAGUCAUCUAUCAUUUUUUGAGUGCAUGCAUGGAGGCGAGGAUCGAGGAUAGUUAACAAAUGAAGAAGAAGAAAAAGCAGAAGAAGUGAGGGGAGAAAGAGAGAGAGAGAGAGGGAGAGUGAAACGGGAUUCGAUGAGAUGGCUGCGACGAUGCAUGAUCACCCAAGCGUGUCACUCCCGACCAGUCUCUGCAGUGGAGUUCAAAUGGGCUCGCACGAUGUGCCACUCCACACGAGCGAAGCCAUAAAGACGAAACAGAGCGUCUGUCACGGACGGUCGCGCACAGUCGCCCGGAAGUGAAGAUGCGACACCAAUAUUCUGGAGGCUGGUUGAAGCAACUCGUGACCCCCUCUUGGCAUCUUCUCUACUUUCCCAGCAUCGUCGUCUCUAUUGUGGGUUGCAUUUUCACCGUGACAGAGAAAUACUCGAAUGAUACAAGCUUAGUUUGUCGUGACUCGAGAAGGGUUGUCAGCCCUCAGGUGCUCGCCUGGGUUCCUAAGAAUGGGUUUUGAAAUUUCACGAACGGAACACGUUUGUUUCGCCUUGCGGGUUUUACUCUGCCUCGCGUUUCAGUUUUAGCGGUCCUUUUAGUGUAGAGAAGCCUUUGUUUUCACACCCAAAUGAGGGGCCACUGGCAGAAGGGUGACGUCAAAGGAUUUCCUGUUUGAGAGUCUCGCACCCAUGACAAGAGCCAGACAUUCUCGAGGAGGAAAGUGAGGCGAGGAGUUCGGGAUGGGACCUCCAUGUAUCGGACGUGCACUCGGUUUGACGUUUUGCGCAUAAAGAUAGUGUGGUAUCAUUUCCCCCUUUCGUUCUGUAAUGUCUUUUUUUGGCAUCACCAAUCCCUAGUCAUGGUCGAGAGUUAGACUAACCUCGGGAAGUGUGGACUCUGUCUCUCCCGCUCUUUUGCCUGAAACUCACUUCUCUCCUCUGUUUGGUCAUGUGUAAAUCAGUGUCUUAAGAUACAAGCAUUACUCUCCUUGUACUCUUCAUUGUUUCGUGAACCCAGUGCAUUUGUCUGGCAUGUUCGGUCGAAUAUAAGUGAUGAUGCACCACGCCUCUCCGCAUUCUACUGACUUUCAGGUCUACCAACUGAGUCUCCAGCUUAUUGUCGUUCUCAUGCCGAGAUUGUAGUCUCGAAUUCUGGGUUGCGUGCAAUUUCUAGCAUCAAGUUGCAAGUCAAGUGAGAAGUUGUAGUUUCAGCAUGGGUCGACGCCCAGAGGAAACUGAAGGCUCGAGUUAGUCUUGAGUCUGUAAAUGAUGAUGAGCAGAGAAGUUAUCGAUUGAAGGAAUUUGGGUGCGUGUUGGGGGGAGACUAUGGUUUGCAUUUUGUAGGUGAAGUAGAGUUUCACAGAACGUCUCACAGUUUGUACAUACAAUUGAGAGGCCAGGUGUGGUUUUAACUGAGGAAAGCGUACGAUGGGGUCGAAAUGCGACCUAUCAAUCACCAUGCCUGCCUCAAAGUGGGUCGAACAAACGAAUCGAAGACCGAUAUCAUUGGUUACUCCAAGUGCAAACUCGCCAGGACACCUGCGUCCUAGUCCGGCAGCCAACUUUGCUUCUUCUGUUCAGAAACCGGCCAAUCGCACGGAGCUGCCAUCAUCAGAGUUUUCGAAGCCUCCUUCAGGGCGACAUUUUGGUGACAAGAUUUUAAAAUUUCUGAAGCUGCGAAAGAAAUCCAGCCACGAUGCACCGAGCGCUGUCUCCAAUUUCCAAAUAGACUCUGCAUUUCAACCUUCUCUGCAAACGUUCCGCUUCCAAGACCAAACCUCCAGCGCCCAAUUAGCCGCCGUCCACGUCGAGGAUGUCACCGAGAGGUACAAUUACGACUCGGACGAGCACAGCGGAAGCGCGACAAGCGGCGGUUUCGCCGAUCGACCCGACACGCACAGCAUCUGCUCAUCAGCUGCGUCCGCCACGAGCUCUUCCCGCAGCUCGUCGUCCGCACAGUCCUUCGCCAGCACCCCUCGCAGGUCCUUCAUCUCUUCCAGCCACCAAUCGAACUCCCAGCUCAUGGCCACCAUACUCGUCUCCAUCUCGCACUUGGACGAAGACCACGAGGCCUGCGACGAGCUCAGUUCCGAGGACGAUCGCCGCCAUCCCACUAGUCUCGACGGUCCGCACGAGUCAGCGUGGCACCAACCUCGUGACGACAUGUUCGCCGAAUCGCCCGCGCGAGGAAGACACAAUCCCGGCAGCCGCAACAAUGCUGCGAAACCAGGCUCGGGACGCAGUACACCGAGACACGACCGCGGGUUGAUCAAUCCCCACAUCACGAGCCCGGGAGCCUCUCGUCGCUAUGGCACCUUGGACCUUUCGAGGAUUGACAAGGUGCGCAGAUGAUCCGAACCAGUAAAUUCAGCUUCUCGGUUGCGAAUCAUCAGCUGUCGGACUAAUUUGUCGAAAUAUCAGACAGCUGGGUUUUCCUUCUGGAAUUGGCAUCACCUGCUGUCGGUUCUUGUAUAAUUUACAUCUCUGGUCUGAUCGAAUCCAUCCGCCGGAGUUUUCUAGUUUCGAUCACCAUGUCGGUAUUCGCCUUGGUUUCGUCGUCGUGGUCGUAACCCACGUCGGUAGAUUCAUCAGAAGACGCAGAAUGCUGGAAAAGGCGUUCUGGUCUUGUGAGCUUCUUAAGCGCAUUUUGCGAUCUUGAGUAUCCUUUUGUAUCUUUUAAUUUGUUUCUAAUGCAACGUUCUUGCAAAUGCCCAAGCUUUGAAUGUCACUAACCAAAAUGUAAAAGUGACACUAUUUUCACAAGCA